AUGUCUACAGACAAUCAGGAUGCUACCAAUAUAGAUAAAUUCAACGCAAUAAUGAGAAGAACGAGUGCUAGGUUGAGGGGAAGCUCUGUGCCCCCUCUAGAUUCCGAACAAACCGUCAACCCCCCUUUGGACCCAACUCUAUCACCAACAAAUGUGACAAGCAAUCAACGAGGCAGAGGUAGAGGCCGCGGACGUCGGAACCCCGGGGGGUCAGCUAGACCUGGAACUCAAACAUCGUCAAGAGACGCCACACCGACUGUCACUCUCACCGUACCUAGAAGAGAUGGCCAGGUUAAUUCUAAUACCACAUCUGAUUCUACUUCACCAUCCAACCUAGGAGGUGCUUCCCCUGGUAAUAACGCACCUGCUGCUAGUGGCACCAUAGCCCAAACUGGCGAUGAUACGUCAAUUAUUCACCCUCCCGGAGAAGGAGAAGGCAAUCUAGCAGGACUGAUUUCUAAAGACAAUGUUAGCAACGAUCCAAAUGUUGCGAUGUUUAAGAAAAAAUUUUCUGUCCACGAGCGAUUUCGUGAUGCCACAAUUGUGAUGCCAAAUACUAUGAUGAACUCUCCUUUGUCUCCGAGUCGUAGAAACACCGUUUCCGGAGCAGGGACCAGCCCGCCAAAAGGAUUACAUUCCUGGCUUUUGGCCAACGGCAUGAUUGUCGUCAGUAACCCAAACUCUGCCACAACCGCUAUCCAAGGUACCACCGCUUCCCUGGGCCGCGUGCCACCGCAGCCCCCAGUGUCGACCCUUGCAGCACCAGCUUCUACCUCAAUGAGACCUACCCGAUCCGUGGAGAAAACUGUGGACCCUGUCAUACGCGAGGUGAUAUGCCUUGACGGUACGGGCGAGGCCAACAAGGGGAAGACUGUCCCUUCUACCGAUUCUACCUCAGCUAAAGCCACGACUGUACCUGAAGUCAGCGACGAGGGUAUCAAAAACACCGGUCUAGUCGCACUAGCAAAACAUUGGGAAGACAAAAUCAAACCCCUUGACGGCUACUUACCUUUAUCAAUCAUGAAUAUCAACUGGUUGAAAAUGGACUUACUUAAAAACUCACAAAGACCUAAGACUUCCAAAGACAAAGAUGGAGAGAAAUAUCAUGGCUUAGCUAUCCCUUCGGAAUGGAAGACGUCUUUCGGUGAAUGGGUCACGGCCUUUGAUCUCUUCGUCGCCUACCUGUUUCACUAUAAACACGAUAAACUGGCAAAUCGGUUUAAAACUCACAAAGAAAAUGUCUUCGCGAUAAUGAGAGACAGGCUCAGCUGUCCGACAGCCUUCCGAUAUGACCUAGCUAUCAGAACAACCGUGCUGACCUUCCGAAACGCCGAUGGGAAGGUUGCAAACCCUGCGAUUAGAAACGAAGAAUUCGAGCGUAACGCCCGUCUUGACUCAGAGCGCCUUGGCGACAUUGACCCUCGAUUCGCCGACUGUAACCCGUAUGCAGAUGGUCAAGUCAAAUCUCACAUCAACCCCAUCACUGGUGAACCCAUGAGAAAUGGUCAAAACCCGUUCCAAACAAAUGCCAAUGAUCAAUUUGGGUACAACCACACUAGUAAACCAAAUGCCCGUUCUUGGACUUACGCUAAUCAAUCCCACUACGAGGGACCAGGCGGUGUCAACUACUUCAACACGUAUGAAGAUAGAAACCUUGGAGGCAGGGUGACUAGAGGUCGUGGUAGAGGUGGUGGUUACGUGACUGGUGGAGGUCGCGAUGAGAGUUCCAGAGGUCGUCGAGGAGGUUCCGAUGGUUAUGAUAACCGAAGAGCAGAAGGUAGUGGAUCGUGGAGACGUGAGGAACGGCGUGAUGACCGUAGAGGUGAUGAUCGCGAACCUAAUGGUCCUAGAUUCGGAGGACAUGGAAAGGCCAAGUGUGCAAAUGCUGCACUGGCGUGUGUCAUCCGCCGGAAAAUUAUCCCAAACUUUCUUGAUUUGUAUGGCCGGAGUCGCCUACUUGGUGUUGACUCCUCCUGA